CCGUGCUUCGGCGUGUCAGGAAGAAUCUUGGCAGUAUCUUAAAGACAUCAUUGACUCCUGGAUCCUGAAUAAAGUCCAAGGAGAGAAGAAAUGGGCCGCUCCAAUUCUAGAUCACAUUCUUCAAGAUCAAAGUCUAGAUCACAAUCUAGUUCUAGAUCAAGAUCAAGAUCACAUUCUAGAAAGAAGAGAUACAGUUCUAGGUCUCGUUCCAGGACAUAUUCAAGGUCUCGUAGUAGAGAUCGUAUUUAUUCUAGAGAUUAUCGUCGAGAUUACAGGAAUAAUAGAGGAAUGAGACGGCCUUAUGGGUACAGAGGACGGGGUAGAGGGUAUUAUCAAGGAGGAGGAGGUAGAUACCAUCGAGGUGGCUAUAGACCUGUCUGGAAUAGAAGGCAUUCUAGGAGUCCUAGACGAGGUCGGUCACGUUCCAGGAGUCCAAAAAGAAGAUCCGUUUCUUCUCAAAGAUCCCGAAGCAGAUCCCGCCGAUCAUACAGAUCUUCUAGGUCUCCAAGAUCAUCAUCAUCUCGUUCUUCAUCCCCAUAUAGCAAAUCUCCUGUCUCUAAAAGACGAGGGUCUCAGGAAAAACAAACCAAAAAAGCUGAAGGGGAACCCCAAGAAGAGAGUCCUUUGAAAAGCAAAUCACAGGAGGAACCAAAGGAUACAUUUGAACAUGAUCCAUCUGAAUCUAUUGAUGAGUUUAAUAAAUCUGCCACAUCUGGUGAUAUUUGGCCUGGCCUUUCAGCUUAUGAUAAUAGUCCAAGAUCACCUCAUAGUCCUUCACCUAUUGCUACACCACCCAGUCAGAGUUCAUCUUGCUCAGAUGCCCCCAUGCUUAGUACAGUCCACUCUGCCAAAAACACCCCUUCUCAGCAUUCACAUUCCAUUCAGCAUAGUCCUGAAAGGUCUGGCUCUGGUUCUGUUGGAAAUGGGUCUAGUCGAUACAGUCCUUCCCAGAAUAGUCCGAUUCAUCAUAUCCCUUCACGAAGAAGCCCUGCAAAGACAGUCGCACCACAGAAUGCUCCAAGAGAGGAAUCUAGGGGGCGGUCCUCUUUUUAUCCUGAUGGAGGAGAUCAGGAAACAGCAAAGACAGGAAAGUUUUUAAAAAGGUUCACAGAUGAAGAGUCUAGAGUGUUCCUGCUUGAUAGGGGUAACCCCAGGGAUAAAGAGGCUCCCAAGGAGAAAGGAUCAGAGAAAGGCAGGGCAGAGGGAGAUUGGGAAGACCAGGAAGUUCUAGAUUACUUCAGUGAUAAAGAGUCUGGAAAACAAAAAUUUAAUGAUUCAGAAGGGGAUGACACAGAGGAGACAGAGGAUUAUAGACAGUUCAGGAAGUCGGUCCUGGCAGAUCAAGGGAAAAGCUUUGCUACUUCAUCUCACCGGAAUACUGAGGAGGAGGGACCUAAAUAUAAGUCCAAAGUUUCACUAAAAGGCAAUAGAGAAAGUGAUGGAUUUAGAGAAGAAAAAAAUUAUAAACUGAAAGAGACUGGAUACAUAGUGGAAAGGCCUAGCACUGCGAAAGAUAAGCACAAGGAAGAGGACAAAGGCUCUGAAAGAAUAACAGUAAAGAAAGAUACACAGUCACCUGAGCAGGUAAAGUCUGAAAAGCUCAAAGACCUCUUUGAUUACAGUCCCCCUCUACACAAGAAUAUAGAUGCACGAGAAAAGUCUAUCUUCAGAGAGGAGAGCCCGCUUAGGAUCAAAAUGAUAGCCAGUGAUUCUCAUCGACCUGAAGUCAAACUCAAAAUGGCACCUGUUCCUCUUGAUGAUUCUAACAGGCCAGCCUCAUUGACUAAAGACAGGCUACUUGCUAGUACGCUUGUCCAUUCUGUCAAGAAGGAGCAAGAAUUCCGAUCCAUCUUUGACCACAUUAAGUUGCCUCAGGCCAGCAAAAGCACUUCAGAGUCAUUUAUACAACACAUUGUAUCCUUGGUUCAUCAUGUUAAAGAGCAAUACUUCAAAUCACCUGCAGUGACCCUAAACGAGCGGUUCACUUCAUACCAGAAAGCCACUGAAGAACAUAGUACCCGGCAAAAGAGUCCCGAGAUACACAGGAGGAUUGACAUCUCUCCAAGUGCUCUGAGGAAGCAUACCCGUUUAGCAGGAGAAGAGAGAGUUUUUAAAGAAGAAAACCAGAAGGGGGAUAAAAAAUUAAGGUGUGAUUCAGCUGAUCUUCGGCAUGACAUUGAUCGUCGCCGUAAAGAAAGAAGUAAAGAACGGGGGGAUUCCAAGGGCUCCAGGGAAUCUAGUGGAUCAAGAAAGCAAGAAAAAACUCCAAAAGAUUACAAGGAGUACAAAUCUUACAAAGAUGACAGCAAACAUAAAGGUAGAGAGCAGGACCAUUCUCGAUCAUCAUCCUCUUCAGCAUCACCUUCCUCACCAAGUUCUCGAGAAGAAAAAGAGAGUAAGAAAGAAAGAGAAGAGGAGUUUAAAGCUCACCAUGAGAUGAAAGACUACUCAGGAUUUUCAGGAGUUAGCAGACCUCGAGGAACCUUUUUUCGAAUUAGAGGCAGAGGAAGAGCCAGAGGAGUUUUUGCUGGGACAAAUACUGGUCCAAACAACUCAAAUACUACUUUUCAAAAGAGACCGAAGGAAGAGGAAUGGGAUCCAGAAUAUACCCCAAAGAGCAAGAAGUACUUCUUGCAUGAUGACAGAGAUGAUGGUGUGGAUUAUUGGGCCAAAAGAGGAAGAGGUCGUGGUACUUUUCAACGUGGCAGAGGGCGCUUUAAUUUCAAAAAAUCAGGUAGCAGUCCAAAAUGGACUCAUGACAAAUACCAAGGAGAUGGGAUUGUUGACGAUGAAGAAGAGACCAUGGAAAACAAUGAAGAAAAGAAGGACAGACGCAAAGAAGAAAAGGAGUAGUCUCCAGAUUGCAACAAAGACCAGAACUUGACAGAUUUUUUUUUAAACCUGAUUUUUUGUUUUCAAAUAAGAAUGUAAACAUUUUACUUAAAAUUUACUGUUUGCAAGUAGUCUGUAGAAAGUUUGUUUUAAGUCUUCAAAUACCUUGGAAAAAAUAGUAGACUGUAUGUUGAAAAAUGUAUUGAAAUAAAGUAGAAAUUGUUCCGUACCAUAUUUGUAACUAUCAGCUUUUAAAAACCUUUGACUGUUUUUGUUACAUGCAUUAUAUCUGCUUUGUCUAUGAGAAAUGGUCAAGUCCAGCUCUGUGACAGCCCUGAUUCUCUUGACUCCCUGUUUGUUAAUGUUUGGUUCAGAAGUAAAAUGUCAACGAUGCCCAAAUCUACACAAACCUUCCAACAAGUUGUUUAUAGUGACCACACAAAUUAUUUAACUAACAUAUUUUUUAAUUUGAAUACUACAUUGUAGUGCAGCUAAUUUCUGAAAUUACCACAAAAGUUGCUAUUCUGGUAAACUAAAACUAGCCUCACACUUCAGUAAAUAUAUAAGGACAAUAGCUUUGUUAAUAGCUACAAACUACAAAUUAUUAAAACUUAGAAAGCCUUGACAAAGUGGUGUUGUUGCUGAAGGCAAACAGUGGUGUGCAAAGUCAUUUUAGGAUCCUUUCCGUAUGAAUUAAUUCAUAAUUGGAUAGUCUCUUCCAUUCUCAUUUGAUAGUUUGAGUCAUGGUCUUAGAUACCUGCUACCUAUAAGAGAGAAAUUGGUUUGUACUAUUAGUGUAAAUAAAACUCCUAAGUCCACAGACCUGAUUGUAUUUUUU